UGGCAAGAGCGACGAUUUACAUGUGCACUUUUGGCCAAUCUUUUAAAAUUAUUCCAUUUUAAGUGUCUCUUUUUAAAACAAAAUGACUUAUGCACUGUUUUAAAAUCGAUAUAUUGCUUUGUAUUUUACGAAUUGCAGAAUGAAUCCAGUGCAACCACCGACUCUAUAUACUAUUUGCUUUCAAAAGACUUUAUCUAUUUUGAGGACAGGACUAUGGAACAGAUAUGACACAAAUCCUUUUUCUUAUUUACCAUCCACUAUCGUCAACGAUUUGACGAAGUUUGCGCUAUCUCAACCUUUCCACGAACGACCAAAAAUAACUGAAUUAUGGUAUCUUAUAACGAGUGGCAGACUUACAGAACUGGAUUUAAUCCAUCAUGAUUUGGAGUCAGAUUCUAACAUGUUUCUGAAGAUGAUGUCUGAAAAUGUGUGCAAGAAUUUGCGAUCUUUUUCUAUACCUGCUUGUUUGAGAGACGCUGAUGGUUCAUUAGUAGAAAUUGUUCUUCGUUUCUGUACCAAUCUGGAAGAGGUGCACUCUGCUUUACAGUUUGAUUUAGAUAUUCUUGAAAAUUGUCAUCAGUUACGUAAUCUAAGAUUUCAUCUGCCAAUGAAUCAAAUUGCUGAUAAUUCACUUCGUAAAGUUAUGCUUUCUUCACACGCCUUGAAGACACUUGAGGCCUUUGCUGUGUGCGCUGGAGAGGACAGUUUUCAAUCCAGUAAAUUCGUGGCAAAAGUUCUUCUUGGUUUCCCCAAUUUAAUUUCUGUGGGUCUUGCAGAUUCUUCUCUGCCUUUGAAACUCAUUCUCAAAACACAAAGGAACUCCUUCUCCCUUCAUUUCAAGCUGCGGCGAUGUUUUUGGGGGAUAUCGCAUGACAAUUAUCUACGUGUUGCAAAUACCAAAAAGCUUUCCACUUAUAGGAAAGGAUUCUCUAAAAUAAUCAAAAUGGCCGUCUUAUCUUGCCCAUGUACUGAAGAACUGGUGAUUAAUGUAUUCCAUGAAGAAUGCCUACAACAUUUGUGUCUACUAAAAAAUUUAACUUUUCUGAGCAUUAACUUUAAUUAUUGUGAUAGCGACUAUAUGCCCGCCUGGUUUUCGGUACUAAAGGAAAUAGGUCCACAGCUUAAGCACCUCUCUGUUGAAAAGUCGAGUGAUAUUCAAUUGAAUGUUAUCUGUGAUAACUGUUUUAAUCUAGAAAGUCUUCGAAUUCGUGGAAAAGCAACAAUUGCUGAAGCAACUUCUACCAUCCCGAAUUUACCACAUCUAAGACGCUUACUUUUGAUGUGCAUGAACGAGGGGAGUCUGAUGUAUAUGCUUUCCAGAUGUCCUCUUUUGACAGAAAUGUUCCUAGAUUGUGCUUUGUGCUUAGAUGAUGACCUCCUGUGUAAAAUUCUAAAGCAGAAUCCGUUAUCGGAGCUGAAAGUGGCGGGAAUCCAUGCGUGCAAGCUGUCAAGGAUUGGCUUCCAUUUGUUAUUGGAAAGUGCUGUGAAACUUGAAAAAGUGUCUUUCAGAUCUGUGAAAAUGGAUACUUCCGAUCUAAUCCAUAAACUAAACCCAAAAAUUGUCAAUUAUCCAAUAUUUAACAAAUUGAAAGAUAUUGAGUUUUUUCGACGUAAACUUCAUCCAUGCCGUUUUUAAGGAUAAAUAUUAGGGUGGGUCAAAAAAAAUUCAAAAAUGUUUUUCUCCUGUCAUUAUAACAGGAGGAAGCUGACAAUUGGUGAAAAGCAGGUCAUUAUACCAGGAGAAAACUGGCAAUUGGUGAAAAGCAUAAUGAGAGAAAAUUAUUAAAAUUUAUUGAUAUAUUCUAUACGGUAUGGAGCUUAAAAGUCAUAUAAAGUGGGUGAAAAUCGACUGUUUUUCAUUCAUUUUUAAAACGUAUCUUAUGUCAUUAGCUGUUAUGUACUCAAAAAUUGCAAAACGAAACUCUAAAGACUAGAAUAUUAUUAACCAGCAAAGACCGAUUAUAUAGAAUAGAGAAAAUAAUAAAAUUAAGAGACAUUUAAAGAAAACUCUUCAGCUAUUAAGCACACUUCGUAAACUCCAACCCACUCGAAGGCGUGCGGUUAAAUUAAUGAUUGAGUGCUAAUGGCGAUCACCGAUCACAGUAAAACUUUUUCCGUGGGAGGCACGCUUUUUCGAGGUCCUCCCUAGGUGGAACUCUGUAGUUAUUGAUGAAUCUUGUAAUGUUUAAAUGUUUUGAGAAGGCAUUUUACUCUAUCUUUUUCCAUUUGAUACUAACAUGAGCUUUAUGAACUGCAACUUCGAUUCUGUACUUAUUUUUACAGAUUGUUUCGUAUGAUACUUGGAUGUGAAUAGGAAUAUACUUUUUAGCUUUGGAAAAAAAUAUGUAAUGGAGCCCCCCCCCCUCCACCUCUUAAAAAAAUUCUUUUAGUUUUGUAAAUACGAUUCCCCAACGAAAAAGAAAAAUCGGGAUAUCAAUAUACGAACCAACCUUCCGGUUAGAGAAAUAUAAAUUUUAAAUUUACUUUGCGCCAACGAAAACUCUUGUCAAAUAAAAAAGUGAAUAACUUCACAAUCGAAAUAUUUAAAAUAGCUUCGUCCUAAAAAUUGUAAUUAUAUAUUUUUUUUCUAUCCGAUUGACUUAUUUGCUAUUAAACAUACCUAGUUCUUUGUUGUCAUGAUCAACAUAAUAUUUGCAGCAAAGACAAAGAAAAUUAUUUUUAUUCGUUCACAGAGUUAAUAAGUUUCCAGAAAAGUAACGAAUUGUUUUAAAGGUUUCAAGUAUACGCUUCGGGAUCUGUAUCGUAUUUUAUCUAUAGGGUAGACGGUCUAAAAAUAGCUUUUAUUUUUAUUUUGAGAACUGUAUAUUUUAUUACUAGUCACUUCAAAUGUAUCAGUUGCCAGAAUCGCGUUUGUCAGCUUGAUUUUUUUCUUACCUUCCAUUUCUUUCUUACCUUCUUUUUUUCUUACCUUUUUUUUCUUUCUUACCUUCUUGCCAUUCUUACUUUAUUAACAAGUAAUAUAUCAUUUAAACAUCAUUAGUGAACAAAGAAAACGGCGGCCAAAAUGCGCCAAGAAAAAAAUCGCCAAAUGAUAAAAAUAUACUUAACUGCGUUAUUAUUUAUUAUGACAAAAUUUGAACCUGCGUAUCACAUGUUAUAUUGUUUGAUGAUAUAAAUCGCCAAAUUAGCUACAUUUUUUCUUGGUGCUUUUUGAUUAUCGUUACAACCGACAGGUACCUUUUUUGUUAUACUUAUAUGUUCGAAUUAUUAUGAUUUUUCGAAAGAAUGAUUAUGAUAAUGAUUAAGAAAUCGACGAUUAUGAUAAUGAUUAUCGACGAUUGUGAUAAUGAUUAAGAGAUAAAAUUACAUAUUGAAAUAAUUCCACGUAUUUGUUGUUUACUUUGAGUGGGAAACAUGACUAGGAGUUACGGACCGAUUUUAAGAAAUUAAAUUUUAUUACUUUUAAAAUGUUGAUUAUUCAACAGCUAAUAAAAAGUAACAGUUGGUUGCGAGAAAUUUAAAACUUUUAAAAAUUAAUGAAAAACAGUCAUCUUUUUUCGUUAUUUCUUAAUGACUUUCAGUCCUGAAGUGGAAGGUAUCAAUCAAUUUUAUUUUCUUCAUUAUAUUCCAUAUAAACUAGUAACGUUGUCAUGAUAUUGUGCCAUGAAAAAAUAAAUUGGCUCACUCUAUAGUUGAAGACACUCUUAUUUUUCAGCCUACACUGUUGUACAUAUCUUGUGAAUAUUUAAUGUUGUUUCUUGUAUCUACUUCUUGAGCUUACCGAAUAAAAAUACCAUAAAGUUA